AUGAGCUCUUCCAUAACGAUACCCCGCGCUGCCGGGGUUGGCGUUACACGCCCUGCCCUCUCUCAACUAGUGGCCUCACGCACCUCUCACAGUCGAAGCAUCCUGGGCUGGGCCCGUAGCUACCAUAUCGGAAAUAAAGACAAGUUUGAGCGAAUUUCCCGCCGUAUCGACAAGUACCACCGUCAUCCCGAAGCCAACUGUUGCCGUAAGGCAGAAGCUCGUGAGGACUGGCCUUCCACGAGCCACCGCAUCGCUGGUUGGACGCUUGGCAGCUGGCGUCGCUCUCGUUCUAGCUUUUCUGAACUCUCAUCUGGUCGAGAGAAGAUUUUUUGGGAUGCUGAGAAUGAACAGAUGGCUCGGCAAAUGUCCUCGAUGAAAAAGCUCGUCUCGGAUGACCCCUACGAUGCACUUUUUGGACAUAGACUGGGUGCCUCUAGACUAGGUGCCUCCUACAUGGAGCAGAACAAUGCUCGCUGGCCGAGCUUUCUGUGGUCCUUCGUCAACGAGAAGCCUGCCUACGCUGAACCCUCCAAAGCACAUCUCCAAGACUUCAACUUCACUCGUUCCCCCUCGUCCAGCUCUCUUGGAAACCCAGAUGCCCUUCAAUAUGACCCGAUUAGUACCAAGGCCUCCGUGGACUGUCCUCCUGGCAGCGAAGUUGAGGCAAAAUUCGCUUCAAUCCCUGCUGUUCCGGAGGAUAGCAAGUUUCGCAAGACCUCGGCCAUUGCCCAUUCCCAGUCCAUCGACUGUCCACCUGGCACUGAGCUAGAUGCUCUCUACAAAACCGAACCAGACGCUCUUAAGGAGGCUAAGGUUACUGGCGUGAAGCAUGGCGAAGAGUUCACUCAAAAACCCAAUAUCAACAUAUCCUGUGCUCCAGGCAGUGAGUUGGAAGCGCUUUUUAUCUCCGAGUCGAUGCACACAGAGCAACCACAUGCCGAGACCUUUAAGGUCAAGAAAAGUGCCAAACAUUAUAACCUCGAUGCAGACUUUAACACCCGUGGAAAUGUCGAAUGUGCCCCCGGCAGCGAGCUCGAGGCCAUGUUUUCCUCCAAUCCCGCCGCUCGUGAGCUGGAAGCGAAAUUUGCUACCCAGCUAAGCCUGGGCGAGCACUACACUGCCCCCACCGAUGUACCAAACAUUGACUGUACCCCUGGAAGUGAGGUUGAGGCGAAGAUGGUUGCCGAGUCUGUCAUCCCCUUCUCCCAAGCCCCGGAGCGAUCUACUGCGAGUGUUGACCGCACUGAAAGCGUUGACUGUGCACCUGGUAGUGAACUGGAGGCACUAUUCACUGCGGAUCCCGCCUCUGCCGAGACAAUAACCCGCCCAACUAAACUCGCCCAUUCAGGCAGCACCCAGAAGGCUCCUCUCACCAUGGACUGUGCCCCCGGAAACGAGUUAGAGGCGAUGUUCGCUUCCGAAGCCGCCGCUACUGGAGCAUAUGGCAAAAUCGAGGAUGUGAGCCCGCUGCAAGCCAGCGACAUUCGAGCCGGCCGCAUCUCAGAUGUCCAAUAUGAUGGUGUCGAAGAUCGUGUCGGUGAUUUCCUAGCAUUGAACCCUGAAGCUGCGAACACUGGAUCCGCCCCCUUCCGUAUCCUAGCCUACGAUGCCGCCGCUUCGAAGGUUGCCAGCUCCGAGGCAGACUCAUUCUUCGGUGCCAAUGAGCCUGUAGAAUCGCACGAGGUUCUCUCCCGCCUCCACAACCCCGCCAAAUUUGUCCCCUACUUCGAACAAAUGCAACAAGACGGAUAUGAGAUAGCCACAGGGGGCGGCGACAUUAUCGUCUUCAGGAAAUCGUCCAACGGCUCAAUCAACCUAAUCAUGUCCCCCGAAGUCGCUGCGCGACAGGAAGCUAUCCAUGCCGACAUUGCGAAGUCCAUCCGCCAUGACUCCUAUGAUUCAUCGGAGUCCUCCUCUCGCCCUUCCACCUCUAAGCUUUCUUCAGAGUCAAAGCAGAACGCCAAACAGCACACGCGUGUGGAGGAAUCGCAGGGAUCCGGAUCAUCUACACACCCGAAACCAAAGAUCCAGUCGACAUUUUCCAAAGCAGUCCGCCGAAUUUUCAUCACCGGUACUGCCGUCGGCGCAUCGUGCUAUGCCGUUGGUGUUGUGACUGAGUACUUCCGCACAGGCGGAAAAGACGGAUAUGGCAUCGACGGAUUCACGGUAUUUGAGUCCGAUAGGCGUCAUCGGUGA